AUUAAUUCGAAAUACAAAUCUCACCCAAAAUAAUCUCCCACUCCUCUCCGGUUACCUCCCCUGCAGUGACACCAGUGGCACCUACAAUCGCUUAUCUCACACAAUAACACAAAAUAAUCACAGUAGAGAAGCCACUCGAAUCAUACUCAGUUGACUGAUUGCAUCCUCUUUGAUUUUUGCAGUGGACGCCAUCUCAAUUAAACCCCACCGCCGCAUCGGUUUCUCCGCCUUUUACUUCUCAUGGAGACUUCCGGUGGUUGUUAUUCUUCGAAUCAGCAGUUUUCAGCCUCCUUUGCCGGUUCACGGCGAGAUGUUACUUACAGCUGUGGUUCCUGUGGCUAUGAUUUAAACCUGAACUCAUCUAGUCGGAAUACAUCUACCAUUGGUUCCAAAUAUGGUAAAUCUAUCAAGAAAGGGAUCAUAUCAUUUUUCUCAAUUGAUGAGAGUCGGUUCAAUCAGGCUGAAGAAUUUAGUUGUGUGCCCUACUUCAUCUUCAAGCACUCUUGUGGUAUUUUCAGUCGGAAAACAAAACUCCUAUGCCGGAAAUGUGGGAACCUUAUUGGAAUAGCUUCUAACCUGAACAACGAUUCUCCUAUCCACCUCAUAACAGACGGGUCAGAUUCACCCUCUAGUAGUGAAUUCACCAGUAAGAGAAAGUACGACAUCAGGAUUCGUUCCUUGCAACCUAGUUCAGCUGGUUUUGGUACUCAUCUUGUCUCAUGAUGGUCGUCAGUUGAACCAGUACCAUGUAUGCAUCGAACCUAUUGCUUAACACCGAAGAAGUCAUGUUGGCACCCAUGUUUUCAUGCGUAAGUAAGAAGCAUGAGGUAAGCUGCUUGUAUAGAAUUUGAUUUUUUCCGUAUUUUUAUCUCUGCUUGCCCACUUAAUCAUUGUUAGUAAAUUCAUACAUGGUCGAGCUGAAUGAAUGAUAGUCGAUGUUGUACAAAACUAUGAAACCUGCAUCAAAUGUGGGGAUUAUGUCGGUAGUUGAGUCCAGUGGUUUGUUCAUUGUUUGGUGAUUCAGUUUUUGUCGAUGUCGGCCUACCUGUCCAGAACGUCGAUUUGUUGCUUUCAUCCGACUUGUCAAUUGUGUAUCCAUUAUUGGCGUGCUCAAGCUUGGGUUUUUCUAAGGUUGUUAGGUCUUGUAGGUAUAAGGUGCUAAACGAUUCGAACUUACGACUAAUGAAGCUUCUUAUAUUGUAUGUGCAAAUGAUUUGCUGAUGAGAUAGUGAAAUCUCCCUGACAUUGUCCAUUGCUUCUGCGAUACUUCACUCUCAGUUUGUGAAAGGUGGUUUGUAUUCGGUGUAUAGACAGAGUGAUUGCUGCAUACUUGAGAUAUCAAAUUGUUAAAAGCUCUACAAAGGUCCCACUUCUUUGUUCUUGUGUCCUAGUACUAAAUAUGUGUGUGUGUGUGAGAUAGGGGGAGAGAGAGAGAGAGAGAGAGAGAGAGUUGUUGAUGAGAAGCACCAAGAAUUACAGUUCUUUCUUAAAUUCAAAGAUUUCAGAUCACUGUUUAAGCAACAAUAAGUUGAGUUGCCUUUUGUAUUUAUUUAUUUUCAGAAAAAUUUAGUAUGUUAGAUUUGAUACUAUGAUUUAUUGUCUAAACCAGUGGUACAAACAAUCCCUCUGUUGCCACAUAAUGGAGGGGGUGAUCUUGUAGUUUUUGGUAAGUGAAAAUCGGUAUUAUGUGCUCCAUUUUCUUUUCCCUUUGAGGCCGAGAACCUAAACCAAUGGUCGAAAAGGUUACUUAAUACACUACUUUACAUAACACUUUAUUGACAUAGAUAUAUCAUACGAUAUAGCAUGUUACUUAAACAAUCGACAUGCAAAAUAUUUUAUAAUUAUGUGUGGACGUAGGGAUAACAUACAUAAAAGUGUGACAAAACAGUGUGGGCUCAUAAAAGUUGGUUUGACUUGGUGUAGAAAAAAGGUUUAUCUUUAAAUGGGAGAUUAAGAUGAAAAGCAAAAUAAACGCUUGUGUCCUUUAUUAUGCAGCCCACAUUUUUUCAAGAUUGUAUGGUAGAUGAUAUAUAAGGAAGGGGCCCCUUCUUCACCCACUCUUUCCUCAUCUCACUAUCUUUUUUCUCUAUGGAAUUCAUGUGCACUUAAUACAAAGAAUCUAUAUAUAGUUCUAUAUACAUGCAUGUGAUAUUGUGUGUGUAUAAAAGAGUGUUUUGCUAUGGUAUGAUAAUUCAGCGACAGGUCUAGAAAACGGAACUUGGAGAGUCGGAGCUACUAGACAUUUGAUCAACGAUGAUUCGGAAGAAUUAACUCUUCGGUAUUCGUGAAUCGACGGUGAUAUUCGCUGACCUCAUGCGAUCACCUCCACCGAGCCUCGGUGAUAAACAUUUUCAUGCUUCUAGGGUUUUAUGUUUAUGGGUUAAUACUUGGGAAUAAUAUAAUGUUGAUCUAGAUUUGUAAUUUUCACAUGAUUUAUGAAAUGGUAGUGAACUUUAAAAUUAA